CACGACUGCUGCUCUUCCGUUCGGCAGCUGUGAGCGGUGGAAACCUUUUUGGCGCUAAUUGCAAUUACAGAAAUAUUAUUUGCACACAUUUCCAGCCAAAGUCGCAAUCAGUGCGAAGGAGACGGGGCGAGUGGGUGCCGGAGGGAGAUGGCUACAUGCGUGUAUGUACUAUUUCCUUGAAGGAAAAGCCAGCAGUUUAGUCCCAGGAUUUUGUACCUCCAGCUUCAUAAAGAAGACUACCGGGAUACUGGGACUUUGUAAUCCUUAUAAAAAGCAGGAAUACUUUUUUAAAGGAGCUGCCUUAAAGCUUGACCCGUUUCCCCCACGUUGCCCCAUUUUUUCCACCCUCGACUGACCUUCAGAAUGCGGGAAUACAUAAAUGGGCGAAAAGGACAGCAAGGGCAGAAUCCGUAAUGGAAUGCGAGCCCAUCACCGGAUUGUUGGCCCGUCUCAUCCAUUUAUUUGCUUAUCCCAGUCAGCACCUGAUGCCCACUCGCCCACUCGCCCCCGUCCCUGUCAAUUCCAAUUGCAGUUGCCAUUCACAAUUGUCGGGCAUGUCGGCCGAUAAGCCCACUCCCCACGGCACGCCGCCCCUUAACCCCUUUUGGCCCCCUUAACCCCCGCCGGCGGGCAAUAAAUCAAACAUCAAAGCGACGAGCCAACUUGAAAUGGACUGCAAAUUUAUGCAGCGACAGCUCUCAGCGCCCGAUCCCAGAACCCGAUCCCCAUUUCAGUGGCACCUGGCGGAAGAGCAGGAGUGGACAAAUCACAGGCCCCGAGCAUCCUGGAAUUUAAAAACCGAAUUCACAGAGUUAGAAAACACUUUUAAACAAGUUAUGAAUUUAAAAAUCAAAGUUUGGCGGGAGUUUAGAGGGAAUGAUAUUUAAGCAUAAGCAAUGGGUGGAAAAUCGUAGCAUCCAAGUAAGAACAAUUGUAAAGCCCAAAAAAUAUUUCAAACUAGGAAAAAUAUAAUUGGUAAAUACCAGAUUUGUUAAUAUUUGAAUUAUUACUUGCACUUUAUCCAACAUUUUUAAGGGGCUGCGUUUCAGCUAAUCGAGAUAUGUCAGCUGCCACAUGCAAAUGAGAUUUUUCAUUAUAAUGUCGCCUCUGUUUAGUUUAUUUGCGCCUGCAUACGAUUUAUACAUGCAUGCGAUGAAGUUGAUUAAAUGCAAAGUGGCAAACGGAAUUUCAUUCCCGUUUUCCUGCCACCCCAGCCCACGUUGAAAAAUAUUGAAAAACUUGGAGGAAAACAAAAAACAAUCUGGGGAUCGCAAACACAAACACGGUGGAGGCAAGUGAAGGGGCGGAAGAACAACACUAGGAGAUUUUGGAGUUAACUCAUAACUGGGUGUGUGGAAAAUUACAUUUGCAUUGAUAAUGGAAAAGGCUAUGCAACUUGUCAAGAAAAUGUAAUACUAUUUAUUAAGUUUUAUACUAGGUUAAAAGGCUAAGCUAAAAACGAAAGUAACUGCAUUCAAUAUAUUGUAAAAUUAAAAAAGAGAAAUUAUACUUUUAACGAAUUUUUGACUAUUUCUUAGCACAAUAUAUUUUAGUUAUUAAAAUCAAUAUUAGACUUUACAACUAAAAAUUCGCUAUACCCAGUAAUAUUUACGUUUUUUCGGCAGUGCAGGCGGUCAGCUGCACAUAUUGAAAAAGUUAUGAACAGGAAAUGAAACGGAAGCUGACAAUAUUCUCCAACGACGACGACGAUGGUGACUGGACCUUUUCCAUUCCAGCUUUCUAUUGGUGACUGCCGACAUCGCUGGCAGUUGCUUAAUUGGCCCGGAAUGUUUGCUUAUCAACAACUGUUUUUCGCAGGGCUUUAAAGGCCUGCCUUUCGGAAAAUAAAAGCCCCCGAGGGGCCCGAUCGGCCAGUUAGAAGGGUUUGCCAUGGCCGAGGAGAAGCACCGCAUGUUGUACCAGGGUCAGGACGCCAGUCAGGUGACUCAUCAGAAACAGCGACCCAUGUCCUUGUCGCCCUCGGAACCGCCCACCUACGACGAUGCCAUGAAUGAGGCCAUGUCUUCCGCCUUGGCCAACUUUGGCUACUCCGCCGACCGCCGGAGAACCUUCUUUGCGGAGCCGCAACAUCUGAGGAAUGGCCUGGAGGGGAUGCCUCAAGUGGUGGAUGAAGACGGGGAUAGUCCUCCAUUGCAGCAGGGACCGCCACCGCCUCCUGUGCGAGAUUUUUUCACCUCGACCCCUCAACCCAAGUUGGGUAACAAGCCGGUGGAGAUGGUGUGUCCCGCUUGUGGUCAACGGGCACUCACGCGCUUGAGAAGGUCGCCCAACGCCAGCACCCACAUUUGGUCCCUCUGGAUGUGCGCUUUUGGUUGGUGCUGCUGCGCCUGCUUGUGUCCCUAUUUGUGGAACUGCUGCCGGACGACGAACCAUUACUGCUCCUCCUGCGAGAUCUUCCUGGGCGCGCAUUAUCCUGCCGGCUGCUGCUGCUGCCGGCUGUAGCCGGAAAUAUACUGCAGGAUCGCAGCCGGAAUCCGGCCGCUAAUUGUGAAAGUUUUCCGUGUGUGUGAAUAAGGCUGAGUGGGCGGCACGCCUCCGACCACAAGGACUCCUCGGGGCUUAUUCGCUUGUAAUGAGUAACAGAGCCAACGCGGCCGGAAAUUGGGCGCCGUCAAAUCGAAUUGCCUACUAAGUCCAUCGUCCGUCGUCCAACGUCCUUCGUUUUCAAUCCCAAUAGCCAAGCCCCGCCAACGCCCGUCUACCCCGCCCGUCUACCCCCGCCCAAAUGAUGCAUAACUGGCCUAAACAAAUUGCCUCAUCAUCACUACGGCUCGCACAUCCUGCCACCGAGAGCGAGUUGUUGUCGAUGCUGCUCGUUAUUGAUACCCUGCAAAAGCGGAGAGCACCCGGUUCUUGAAAAGGUCUUAGAAUUGUUUAUAAUAUUAGAACAUAUAUACCACACGCGUAACUUAAUUUAGCAAAUGUUUAAAAAUAAUUUUAAAUUGUUUUAACAGAUCCCUAUUGGGUCUUUCUAUCAUUACAAAACACCCUAAAAAGCUGUAUUACAUUAUGCAAUUAUGAUUGACAGUGACAGUCAAAUUAUAAAUUAAUCCCUUAAAAAAAGUCUCCAAAAGUAGGCUUUAUUUUAAAGAACGGCGUUGUCUGCACUCUCAAAAUAA